AUUAUCAUAUCAACAACUGUUUCAUUCAUCCUGAAUCUCAGUGCCUCUCACAAUGUUCCAGUUGUCGGAAAUAUUCCCGCUGGUUUGCCGAAACCUCGAGCGCCACGUUUUGAUAUAAUCGGUGAUUGCCUUCUAAAUGCUUCCGGCAUUGCUGCCGUUGUUAUUGCGGUUCACAUAUCGAUGGCUAAAUUGCUGGCUAAACGAAUGAAAUAUGUUGUUGAUUCGGGCCAGGAGCUUUAUGCGCUGGGCUUUGCAACACUGCUUGGCAGUUUUUUCUCAAUAUAUCCUGUGGCCACAGCUCUCGGUCGAACAAUGGUCAGUGUGGAAAGUGGCUCGAAAACACAGAAUUGUUAA